GGUUCUGGAACAAUUUAUAUAGAGAGGGUGCUAAGAGCCAUUGAACUAGACUGUAAACUCUGUAUAUGAUGGAAACCACUUCAAGCCAGGGGGUACGGCAGCACCUCUACUUCCAACACCCACGGGUAAAGUUUGACUUAUAGGCAGUUUUUUUAAGUGUAUCACCAGUUAUAUUUUUCCAGUAAUACCCUAGGCUCCAGCUCGCUGAAGUGUCUAAACCUCAGAGAAACUUUCUGUGAACAUGGGCUGAGGUUUGUUGCUGGUUGUCUUUUCUUCAUCAUCAUCAUGUUCCUAUUACGCCUCUGGCGUUUACGGCAGUGACGAAGCUCAUCCACUCCUGUUUGUUUCUGGCAAGUCUUUCAAUGGUUCCUCAGGUUUUUCAGCUGGGCUUCCACAGCUCUACGCCAUGUUGUUUUCAGGUCACAUCGUUUUCGCUUGCCUUCAGGCGUCCAUCUUAUUGCUACUCUGGUGAUGGAAUCAGUUUCCAUUCAAAGCAUGUGACCAACCCAUCUCCAAUGCCUCCUGGCAAUGAUGGUGCUCAGAUUCUCUUGGCUGCAUUGUGUCAAUAGAUCUUGGUUUGAAAUUGUUCUGAAACAAAAGAUAUGGAGGAUUUUUCUGAGGCAGGCUGUAUGGAAUGAAGACGGUUUGGACAUGUCAUACUUUCUCAUUCCCCAGCAUUCUGCACUACAAAGUAGUGUUGAAAGUAUAUCACUCUGACAAAUCUUGACUUUGGUUUUGGUGUUGUAUUUAAGUUCCUGAAGAUGUUCCUGGCUUCAUUCAUUUUGUUCCAGAUGUCCUGGCUUGUUCCACCUUCCUGGCUGAUGGUGCUGCCCAAGUACAUAUGUGAAUGUUUCUACAUUGACAGACGGACGUUACGAAAUAGUCUGGUGAAGCUACAUCGGGCUGCGGUAUCCAGGACCCCUCGCUAUGGGCAGCCAGGAAGCAGGGACCCAGGAGACUUUGCAAACCCCAGUUCUAGAAAAUGGCAGACCAGAAGUUCCCUGUGAAGGCUCAAGUAGGUUUACCAGAGAUCAGCUCUUCACAAUGGCAGCAACAGCUUGUUUAAACUUCAGUUCAAUGAUUUGCUAUUCGAUCCUGGGACCCUUUUUUCCAAGAGAGGCAGAGAAAAAGGGUGCCAGUGAUACAGUUGUUGGACUGAUCUUUGGAUGCUUUGCUUUAUUCAAUUUCUUGACUUCUUUAAUAUUGGGCAAUUAUGAAGGGGGGAGAGAAGAAAAAUCCUCUAGUCUUAAGGAAAGUGGAGUUAGACCCUCACAAAAAAAGGACUCUUGCAACAGACCACUGAUAUGGGGUGGGAAAAGGAGGACACCCUACCGUCUUCUCACCACUGAUGUUCUGUCUGGCGUAUUUACCUUAUUGCACUUGUUAACUCCUUCUACUCAAACCAUGCUUGUACAAAUUGGAGCCAAAUUCAUGUUUGUGGCUGGGAUGUUUGUCUCGGGAUGUGUUACAAUUCUGUUUGGUUUGUUGGAUAGAGCACCUGAUGGACCAGUAUUCAUUGGUUUGUGUUUUCUGGUUAGAGCGAUGGAUGCCAUAGGCUUUGCUGCAGCAGUGACGGCAUCAUUUUCUAUUCUUGCAAAGGCUUUUCCCAAUAAUAUAGCUACAGUAAUGGGCAGCCUUGAAAUUUUUACAGGGCUUGGACUAGUGCUGGGCCCACCUAUAGGUGGCUUUUUGUAUCAGUCCUUUGGCUAUGAAGUCCCUUUCAUAGUGCUAGGAUGCUUAGUGCUGAUCCUGGUGCCUCUGAACAUGUACCUCUUACCAAAAUACGAUGCAGUCGCUACCAAGGACUCAUUCUGGAUGCUCAUUACUCUGCCAAAAGUUGUACUUCUCUGUUUUACUAUAUUUUCACUAAGUGCAUGUUUAGGCUUUUUGGAUCCCACCAUGUCACUAUUCGUUUCAGAGAAGUUCGAAGUACCAGCUGGUUAUGUGGGGUUAGUUUUCCUAGGUUUGGCACUUUCCUAUACCUUGUCUUCACCAUUGCUUGGGUUUCUAAGUGAUAAAAUGCCACACCUAAGGAAAUGGUUGUUGGUCUUUGGGGGCUUACUGACCGCACUGUCGUUUUUCCUGUUAGGACCUGCUCCCAUCUUGCACAUUGAAAGCAAACUCUGGAUGUUUGUCCUAAUGCUGGUUUUGACUGGCUUUUCCCUUGGGAUGUCUGGUAUCCCACUGUUCCCUGAGGUGCUGCAUUGUGCUUAUGAGAAUGGAUUCGAGGAGGGGUUAAGUGUGUUGGGACUGGUGUCUGGGCUCUUCAGUGCAAUGUGGUCACUUGGAGCUUUUGUAGGACCAACAUUAGGUGGAUACCUAAAUGAGAGGCUGGGGUUUGAAUGGGCUGCCACCAUACAAGGAGGAUGGGCGUUAUUAAGUGGACUAGCUAUUGGAAUAUACUAUAUCCUAGAGGCCUCACGAAGAAGAAGAAGAACCAAUUUGCAGACCCCUCUGGGCACAAAUGAAGAAAGAGCUCACCUGUUGGCUAGUGAGACAUAGCCAGGAAUACUUCUGGAUCAACAUUUUUUUUUUUUUUUUUUUUUAAGUUAACUUAGUGAUGAGAAGAGUGGACUUAACAUUCAAACAGUGUUGCGUAAUUCUAGAGCUGGGAGAAUCACAUCCCAUAAUGCAUAACAAAUUGUGGAUUAUUUGUAAUGGCAACAUAUUGCCAUAUUGCUGUUCUGAUGCUCUAUUUAAAUACUACAUGCCUUUCUUUUGGAUGUUCCUGCUGUGGAUUGGUUGAACUGGUAAAUCAAAUGUCAGCCUGCUUAUCUGUGUUCACAGUACAGUGCACUGAAGAGAGAUUUUGCACAAUGUGAAAAAAUUGUGUUUCAGAAUGUUCAUUUCUUGUACUUGAAUCUGCUGGGGACUAUCCCAGACCGUCUGUUACAUGUUUUAUUGUAAUGUGCAUUUUCCUUUUAAAAAAAGAAAAGAAUGGUUAAAAUAUCAUAUCUGAUAACAUUAGCUGUUCAAAGGGAAUUUGAAAUAGUGAAAUGGUGAGCGUAAUGCUCUGUUAAAUAAAACCAAGUAACUUCUUA